CACAAACAUAUAUAUAGCUCCGAGAAAACUAACUAAACCACUCACUCACCAAAACAAAACAAAACCCUAACGACGAUGACUCCGAAUUUGGAAUGUCGCAUGUACGAGGCAAGGUACCCGGAGGUAGACACGGCGGUGAUGAUACAGGUGAAGAACAUCGCCGACAUGGGUGCAUACGUUUCACUUCUCGAAUACAACAAUAUCGAGGGUAUGAUUCUGUUCUCCGAGCUUUCUCGCCGUCGAAUUCGUAGUGUUAACAGUCUGAUCAAGGUUGGUCGAACCGAACCGGUGAUGGUUCUUCGUGUUGACAAAGAAAAGGGUUACAUUGAUCUUAGUAAACGUAGGGUUUCUGAAGAAGAUAUUCAAGCUUGUGAAGAAAGGUAUAAUAAGAGUAAACUUGUGCAUUCUAUUAUGCGCCAUGUUGCUGAAACCUUGGACCUUGAUUUAGAGGAGCUUUAUGUUCACAUUGGAUGGCCUUUGUAUCGCAAAUAUGGUCAUGCUUUUGAGGCGUUCAAGAUAGCUGUGGCCAAUUCUGAUACGGUUUUGAGCCCUCUAAUGCGUGAAAUCAAGGAAGUUGGUCCUGAUGGGAAAGCGGUGACCAAGGUGGUACCUUCUGUGUCUGAAGAAAUGAAGAAUUCUCUACUGAUGAACAUUAGAAGACGAAUGACCCCUCAGCCAUUCAAAAUCAGGGCGGACAUUGAAAUGAAAUGUUUUCAAUUUGAUGGAAUUAUACACAUUAAGGAGGCAAUGCAGAAGGCUGAAGCUGCUGGAAAUGAUGACUGCCCUGUGGAAAUUAAACUUGUUGCUCCCCCACUUUAUGUGCUUACCACUCAGACCCUUGACAAGGAGCAAGGAAAAUUGGUUCUACGCAAUGCCAUUGCUUGUUGCACUGAAUCAAUAGAAAAACAUAAGGGUAAACUUAUGCUGGUGAAGGAAAUUAGAGCGGAUGUCGAUGGUGAUGGCCCAUUUCCAAUUACUCCGAUUCAGAAUGAAAAUAAUGAUGAUGUCAGUAGCGAUGAAGACAGUGAAGAGGAAGAAGAUACUGGAAUGGGCGAGGUUGAUGUGGAGAAUGGUAAUGCGAUAAUGGAGUGAGAAAUAUCUUGUGCUUGUAGUAAGGCAUAGAUAGUACAGCAAGGCUUUACUAAUUUUGCUCUAUUGGAUUCUUUUUUAUCUCUUUUAAUUGUGGUUGUAUUAUACAAACUUGGAAUUUCUUGAAGAGGGUAUUCAAUCCAAACUUAGGUGUUUGUGGAUAAAAACUGCCAUCAAAUCUCCCUCCCUUGUUGCUAGCAUA